AUUGUUUAUUAAUGUUUAUAUUUCUGUGGGUAGAUAAAUUACAGAGAUCAUGGCAAAAUUAGGAAUUGUAGGGCAACAAUCAUGAGGCCACCGGUUUGGAGAUGCCCAAUGUGGAGCAAUUUAAGCCGUCGGAUUGGCGUUUGGCGUAGGAUACUUAGCUGAGUACACGUUGCUUUUGCCUCUUUUUAUCCUUAUUUCCAUGCAUGGAUUUCUCCUUCUCCCUCCAACUAUAGCCUAUUCAUCUCUCUCUUCUGUCUCUCUGCUUACAUAUAUAUCUCUAGAGAGAGAAACUGAUAAAAGUUCAGACAGAGAGAAAGAGAGAGAGGGUGUGCUUCUUCAUCGUCAUCAUUAGCAAGAAAGGUAACCGACCCAUCAUCUCUUUUUCAGAUUUCUGAUCUUUUUUGCUUCGAUUCUUGACUACUACUCGAGUGUAGCUUCAAUUUAGUUCUUGUGUUCUCAUUUUAACGCGAUUGGAUCUUGUUUUUGCUGAGCUACAAAAUGCAAUUUGAGAUGGGUUCUUCUUUAUUCUUCAUUUCAUUCUGCAAGACGAUUGAAAACCCACCAAAGAUUUGGGCUUCUAAUCGUGUUUCUUGAUCUUCGCGUGUCUCAAUUUUCGGUUGAAAUUUUUUUCAAGUCGUGUUCUUGCUAAGAACAAAUCGAAUCUGAGAUGGGUUCUUUGUUAUUCGUUUCAGUCGGCAGAAAGACCGGAUACCAACUAACGAUUUGAGCUUUUGAUCAUCUUUCUUGAUCUGGGUGUUUCACAAUUCUCAAUAUUCACCUUUUUAAGGCAUGUUCUUGCUGAAAGUAAAAUGCAAUCCGAGAUUUAAGCUUUUGUUCUUGUGUCUUGAUCUGUGUGUUCUUUAAUUCUCAAUUUUCAAGCUUAAAUUCUCUGUUUCUUUGAGAAUUCAUCAUCAUCCUCUGUCCUUGGACCACUUUAGCUUACAAUCUGAUCUGAAUUUUGACCUUUUGUUCGUUGAAAAUGUUGAAGUCCAAUCAAAAUUCAGUGCAACAAAGUGAUCGAGAACUUAUGAAACACAUGUGUAAGCUGUGCGACAAAAGCUUCCCCUGUGGUAGAUCCUUGGGAGGUCACAUGAGGUCUCACGUGAUCAACUCCACCGAUCAUCAUCACAAGAUGAAGCUCUCAUCUGUCAACAACAAUGACAGAAAAAACAUGAUGGAUAACAACAACACAUCAGUCCUCAAUGGCUCUUCAAACUCGAACGAUUUGGGUUAUGAGCUGAGAAAAGAUCCCAAAAAGACUCUGAAAGCAAAAGAUUCAAGUGAACCCCACGACGACUGUUUGGUUGUUCUUGAUAAGCUUUGUAAAGAAUGUGGAAAAGGUUUUCAGUCUUGGAAGGCCUUGUUUGGACACAUGAAAUGUCACUCUGAUAAAGUCUUAAACACCAAAACCGCAAUUUCGAAUCAAGAUUCUAAGAUUAGUCAAUCCGGUAAUGACAAUUCGGGUAUAAAAAUCCGUCAAAUGAAGAAAUCAAGAUCAAGAAAUGGAACAACCAAAAAGUCGAUAGUUACGUGUGCUACCACUCCUACUGUUACCACCACCACCACAACCACCACCACCGCUACAGCUUCAUCUUCGGUUUCCAUGAAUGCUAACCAUGCUUCAACAAGUGUUGUUUCUGAUAUGGAUCAAGAACAAGAAGUAGAGAUUGCUAUGUGUUUGAUCAUGCUUUCCAGAGAUGUGGGGAAAUGGGGCAAGAAGAUAACCGGAAAUGGUUAUAAGAUGAAGAAAUUAGCAGAAUCAGAAGUUGGUUACGAAAUCCUUGGAAGAUCUGAGGUGGGUUUUGAUGAUUUCGAGAAAAAAACAAUCAAUGAAGACGAAUUUGAUGAUCAAAACAAGAGAAAGUUUGAGUGUACUACUUGCAACAAGAGUUUUCACUCUUAUCAAGCACUUGGUGGGCAUAGAGCAAGUCACAACAAGUUAAAGGGAUGUUUUGAUUGGAAUAAUGACCACAAAAACAAGAUUGAAAGCAAACCCGUGUUAGAUCAUGAAGAUAUGAUUAAUGGGUGUUGUGAAAAAACAUCUGAUAAUCAUCAUUCAACAUCAAGUUUCAAUCUUGGUGGUUCUUUGAAGAACACAUUGGUGCUAGGAGCUCAUGAGUGCUCAAUUUGCUUUAAAAUUUUCUCAUCAGGACAAGCUUUGGGGGGUCACAAGAGAUCACACUUGAUUGCAGAGGCUAAACUUAAUCAACAAAACCCAAGUUUGGUCGAGAAAGUGGCGAAACCAGUUCAGGAAAUCCGAGGUUUUAUUGAUCUAAACUUGCUUCCUGAUCCUACAGAAGAAGAAGAAGAAGAACAGCAACAAGAGAUAAUGAUGGGGGACACAAGUACCACAGGGACCGAGUAUAAUCCAUGGUGUUACAACCAUGCAUCAACAUUACUUGGUUUGCUUUCAACAAGCUAACACUUCCAUGAUCAUUUCAAGUGUCAAUUCCAUUAUACCACUACUAAUACACCGGAUCAUACACAUUUCAUUGAUUCUUUACGUAUUUGAUGUAAUUUUCUGUGUUGACCAACACUUUUAAGUAGCCAAUACAAAAUUUGUCAGAGUUCUACA